UCCAUGGCAAUUUGUUGUCAUAGAGAUAGGUUGUUAUGGCGACUUGUUACCAUAGCAAUUUCGUUGCUAAGGAGACCAGCAACAGUAGUGCAACUUGCUGUUGUAGAUUAUGGGACGAGUUUUUUAAAAUGCCAAGACUAACAGUAGACUUGCUCGCCAGAUGCACUGGCCAUGCUACAAAAAGGAGGAAAGAUGAGACGCAGGAGCAGUUUCUAGCCAAAGUGACGCAUUUGUACUGCUCAGAAAAAGGGCUUGAAAUGAUAGAAAACCUGCACUACUGCCGCAAUCUCUCUGUACUGUACCUGUAUGACAAUCAAAUAGAAACAAUAAGUGGACUCCAUAGCUGUCAUCAUCUCACUCACCUCUACUUGCAGCAUAACUCCAUCUUUAGAAUGGAGAACCUGGACAAAUUGAACAAUCUCACUAAACUAUAUCUUAGUCAUAACUCCAUACAACUAGUAGAAGGGCUGGAACAAUUAUCACGUCUUUCUGAGCUCCACAUUUCACACCAAAAUCUCCCCGAGGGAGAAAAGCUUCUCUUUGAUCCACGCUCCCUCAAAGCUAUAGUGAAUAGCCUCACGAUUCUUAAUGUAUCAGGCAAUCGCCUAGCAAGCUUAGAAGACAUAGGUCUGCUGGUCAAUCUUGAGCAAUUGAUGGCUACUGAUAAUGACUUGACUAGCAUGAAGGAUUUAGGAAAGGUUCUCUCGAGGUUUAUAAAGCUAUGGAAACUGGAGCUUAAUGGAAACCCACUUUCUUACAAGCAGAAAUAUCGUGACAGGGUUGUGACAAUGUGUCACAGGCUAGAGUCACUUGAUGGCAGAGAUGUAAACGAGAUGGAGAGACAGUUCCUAUUUAGCUGGAAGGCAAUGAGAAAAGCACGUCAACAGUUGACUAUAAAACCAGGCAGCAAGAGCCACUUUGAAGAAAUAGAUUCAAAAUCUCCCAGACCACCUCCUACAAUGCCUCCUCUUCCAGCCCGUCAGCCAUUCAGACUCCAUUUAUUGCAGCAGAAGAGAAAAAGACAGCUCAUGGGUCUCAUACCUGCAGCUCAGUUUGAAGCAGCCACAGUAGCUGCAAGUGAAGCACCUUGGCAAUCUGCAAUGAAUUUCCACCUCCCACAAAUUGGAUCAGAUAGACUUGUUUCACUGGCUGGGUUGAAUCCACAGAAUGAACUUCCUCGCUACGACUUGCUUCAAAAUAAAGGAAGCAAAAUCACAACACUACCACCCUUAUUAUUUUAAAUAAUAAUAAUGUAGUAUAAUUAUUUAUUUUAAAUAAUAAAAUUUAUGCAGGUAAUUUCAAUUAACGA